AUGAACGGUUACAGGCCAACCUCCAGCGGCCUGGGUUCCCACGGUCGGCCGGACAAUGGCUAUCACAAUGGCGCUACCAGUCCUACACCGCGGGCCAUGCCGCAUAUCAAUGAUCUCAAAGCGCGCGCCGAGGAAAGGCUCCGGACCGCCCCUCUGGCCAUUGAUCGCAUGCUCGAAAUGGCCGAGCAGUCCAGCAAGCAGAUAGACUCUUUUCUUGACUUCCGUCGCCCAGAUUUCGCCUAUCUCGAGUACAUCGUCGCCUCCGAACUCGUCUUCAACCGCAUUCCCAAUUCUCGCGAUGCCCCGAUCGUGAAGGAAGAUAGAGGCACAAGAUAUCAGAGACACAAGACCCUUGUUAAGUACCUGUCGGACAGAGCAGACCGCUUGGCGAACAUCAAGGAGAUCAUAAUAAACGACAACAAACGGAGCGGAGUUCAGAUUAGCAGUCAGGCCAAUGGCUCCCCCGAAGCGCAUGCACGCCAUGCCAGCGUCCCUGCCAUAUCGAGCACCGCCGACCCGAACCCAAUCCCGAACCCACGAUUCUCCAUGCGCGACGAACUUUUCCUUGAUACCGGCACAAGCACUUCUGGUCACUCUCCCCGGGGGUCUAUUGACAACGGCUCAGAAGGUCUCUCAGGCCGGUCCACGCCCCUCAGUUCUGUUGAGUCCCCGCGGCCUCGUCCGCCAGCGAACCCGAAACCACAGAACAUGCAUGCACGCGCACUCCAACACAAUGGAUCUCCCGCCGGCCUGAACAGUCAAGGCGAUGCUUUGAGUGAACGCUUUGCCCGUCUGCGGGCGUCAGGGAACAGUCCAACUACUAGCCGGCCUGGUUCGAUACAAAUGCCUUCGCCGUUAGAUUUCAACGGCAUGAUUCCUGGGGUAACUUCAAAGCCACUGGGCCCACGCGCUAUGCCAAGUAUCCCCUCGAUGCCCGAACGCCCACCGAAACUACCGCUCGAUACCCGGUUUGCGGCCUCCAUGCCAAAAGAGCCAUGCGCCGCGUACAGUCCGGCGCGCAACAUGCAGACUCCGGCGAAUGUUGACCCGCCACGAACAACUGCUAGGAGCUUAGUCCGCACGAACUCCAUUCCCACGUCGAGCUUGUCUGCCCAGGCACCGAACGGAGAUUCUGAAUCCUACUUUCCAAGGCCUUCGAGUCAGCAGGGCGUGAUGAGAAGAAAAUCACUCCACGCGCCACGGGAAUGGCAGAUCAGUGCUGAAAAACUUUUUGAUUACUUGAAACCUUAUAACGUGUUGGUCAUUGACGUUCGGAAUAGAGAAGACUACGACGACGGCCAUGUUUACGUUAAUUCCAUAAUGUGUAUCGAGCCCACCGCGCUGCGACCCAACAUGUCUGCCGACCAGCUUCAAGAGGCCCUUGUCCUCUCGCCAGAUAUCGAGCAGGAAAUGUUUGAUCGCCGGAACGAAUUCGACUUGGUCGUCUAUUACGAUCAAUCAACGCCCGCUGCGGAUUUCCUCACAAAGUCCUCCCGAACGCAGCAGGAGUCCGUUCUGAAGUAUCUCUACGACGCGCUUUACGAGUUUAAUGCAGACAAACCCCUUCAAAGACCACCAAUUUUCUUGAUGGGCGGUCUCGAUGCAUGGGCCGAUCUGCUUGGUCACGGUGCAUUGAAAACCUCGAAUACCGCGGCCAUCGUCACCGAACAACAAGACAACAAGGUUGGACGGCCGAUACGCCGGGUGCCGGUCGCCAGCAACGGAUCUCGCUUGUACCUGCAGAAGAAGAGGAUGCGCGACUACAACCCGUUGGAUCCAGAAGAGGAGCGGAAGUGGCUGGAGAAAGCCAGGGGUGAGAGGCCACCGACUGUACCGCCCCAAGAAGCUGGCGAAGAUGGAACUGUGGACGAGGAAAUACCCUAUUACCACAACACGGAGGAAUUCAUGCGGCGAUUCCCAGAUGCUUCUGCGAUCGGUCCUCAGUCAAUGACUGCGGUUGACCAGAGACGUCCAUCACAAACAGCUCUAUCACAAGCACCUCCAUUGCCACCACCUUCGCGACCAACUUCGCGGCCACCUUCGCGAGCAGCCCCGGCAGCCCCGGCAGCGCCCAGCUACCCCGGAGCAUCCAUGCCAUCGAUACCUUCAAGGCCACCUCCUGCAGCGCCUCGGGUCAACUACAGCGGUGCACAUGACAGAGCUCAUCCCCAGAACCAUGUUGCUACGGCACGAUCAUCCCAGCUUCCGGCGUAUUUCCCGCCUAGUCAGCUGCCGCAGAACACUCGCCUGCCGAGAACUGGUCUGAUCAACUUCGGGGUUACCUGCUACAUGAACGCGACCAUCCAGUGCUUGAAUGCGACUCUUCCGUUGACGAGAAUCUACAAGGAUGGCACCUUUGUCAAGUACAUCCAAAAACAGAACUGGAGGGGCUCAGGAGGCAUCAUGUCGGAAAACUACGCCACUUUGAUUCAGAACUUGUGGGUUGAGGGAGGCGGGCCGUGCCGGCCCAAGACAUUACGGGAACUUUGCGCUCGUAUGAACCAGGAGUGGGGCUUUGAUCGUCAGCAAGAUGCCAAAGAAUUCUUCGACUUCCUGGUCGACAUUCUCCAUGAAGACAUGAACGUCAACUGGUCACAUCCACCAGCACAAACACUGACCGAAAAGGAGGAAGCGCGACGAGAGAGUCUGCCAAAGUCGUAUGUGGCAGGCAUUGAAUGGCAGCGCUGGUCCAUGCGCGAGCGGUCGAUUAUCAGCGAGCUUUUCGGUGGCCAACACAUGUCGCGCCUCCGGUGCACAACGUGUGGGUUUACGUCGACCACGUACGAAACCUUCUACAGCAUCAGCGUGGAGAUACCGCGGGAUCGUCCGGCCGACAUUCGCGACUGCCUCCGGUCGUACUGCUCGGAAGAACGGCUCGCGGGCGACGAAGUCUGGCGCUGCCCUCGCUGCAAGAAGGAGCGCGAAGCCACCAAAAAGAUCACCAUCACGCGCGCUCCACACUACCUCGUGAUCCACUUCAAACGGUUCUCGGCCUCGCACACGGAGCGGGCCCGCAAGGUGCGCACGCCCAUCGAGUUCCCGCUCAACAACCUGGACCUCGGACCCUUCAUGCUGCCGCCCAUCACGCCGGCAGAGGAGACGCACCUGCUCACGCAGCGGCCGAACGACGGCGCGGAGCACCUGAGGUCCAUCAAGUCGGACGAGCGCAUGACGGCGCCGUACAACUACAACGCGUACGCGGUGAUGCGGCACCUGGGCGCGACGCUGACGAGCGGGCACUACAUCGCGCUGCUGAAGGACGCGGCGAGGGGCUGUUGGUGGCAGUUCAACGACCACCGCGUCACGGAGUUCCAGCCGGAAUCGCUGAGGCGCGAUGAGAGGCUGCAGAACGAGCAGGCGUACAUUGUGUUUUAUGAGCGGGAGAGGCUGUUUGGGCGAUGA